AUGAUCGCGUCCAAGUUGAGCCUGAAGGCUCGGCUCACCCUUCUAGCCGUUUCCUCCCUCCUAUUUUUACUCAUCGUGGGUCGCUUGUAUCGUGUAACCGAUUAUCCACUCAGAAUAAUCCAUCAAUCUGGCGGUAGCAAGACUGGCGCCUCAAAUUCGAGCCAGGACCCUACAUACGAACAUCCCACGACAUUACAGAGUCAGGAUGACCCCAAUGCUGUCCCUCACCCGAUCGAUCACUUGAUUCGCGAUGCCGAUAAGAAAUGGGCCGAUUUGCGCGCGAAGCAGGUCUUCAAUCUGACCCAGCUUACGGAGCAGUACCGAGUGCGUCGCGGACGGCACCCACCCCCGGGCUUCGAUGAAUGGUAUGAAUUCGCCAAAUCCAAAGACGCUUUACUCAUCGAGGAUUUGUUCGAUCAAAUUUACGAUGACCUGAGUCCCUACUGGGGGCUGGAUCCGAAAGAAAUGCGCCGGCAGGCUUCCGGAUUUGACCCGCGUAUCAUUGUUCGCAACAAGAAGCUCUCGUCUGUCGGCCACACGGGUGUGAACUGGCUUGAGGUGUGGAUGGACAUGAUAUCCAAAUUCGAGCAGUUCUUACCCGACAUGGAUAUUCCUUUGAACGGAAUGGACGAGUCCCGGAUUAUCAUUCCUUGGGACACAUUAUCCGAGUAUCGUGAGCAGGACGUCAUCCGUCGCAAACUUAUCGACGCCAGCAACACUACCGAUCAGUAUAUGCAGCUACCCGCCUUCGACCCCGAAGCGCUUCCCGAACCGUGGGGUCCAGCCUACGAAGGACCAGGUCGACCAUUCUGGGAUAUCAUGCGUGAUGCCUGUCCCCCCGAAAGCCCCGGCCGGAACUCCAACAUUCCACACAUAGACUUUUCGAACCCACCCCGCGAAUUCUUCAACUACCGCAACUUCUCCAAGACCGGAUACGUGGAGGACUUCGAGAAAUCCAAAGACCCAUGCUGGAGAGCAGAACUCCAAGCACUGCAUGGCACUUUCAUCGAACCAAUCUCACUAUCCACAUCCCACGAGCUUUUCCCACUAUUCGGAGGCUCCAAAUUGACCGUGAACAACGAAAUUCUCAUCCCACCCGCGAUGUACUAUUUAGACAACCCCAUGUACUCCGGCGGGUUCAAAAACCAAGGCGGGGCCUGGUCCAAAAAGAAAGAUACAAUCUUCUGGCGCGGAAUCGCCAGCGGUGGCCGCAUCCGCGAAGAUACAUGGACAGGCUACCAACGCCAACGCUUCGUUUCCAUGCUCAACGGCACAACCGUCGCAACAACGAACGGGUCCUCCUCACACGGUAUCAACUUCCGCCAACCGGACUACCACUACUACAAUGUCUGGUCCGGUCUCGAUGGCACACUACCAGAAUUCCUAAACGAACACUGCGACCUCGGCUUCCUCGAUCUAAAAUGCUUCCCUCCAGAAGACGGCUUCCACUGCUCAUACCAAGAUCCAUAUUUCAGUAUCGUCGAGCCAAUGCCUAUGAAAGAGCAAUACGCAUACAAAUAUCUCCCCGAUAUCGACGGGAACUCAUUUAGCGGUCGGUAUCGCGCAUUCCUCUUAUCCACUUCCUUGCCUAUUAAAGCAACGGUAUAUAAAGAGUGGCAUGACUCGCGAUUGAUUCCCUGGGCGCACUUUGUGCCGCUGGACUCCCUUUAUAUGGAUAUUUAUGGUAUCCUUCAGUACUUUAUUGGGUACAAGGGUCAUAAUGGUCAUGAUGGGAAGGCGGAGAAGAUUGCGAUGAAUGGAAAGCGGUGGGCGGAGGAGGUGUUGCGGUUGGAGGAUAUGGAGAUUUAUGUUUUCCGCUUACUUUUGGAAUAUGGUCGUUUGAUGGACGAUAAUCGUGAUACCCUUGCGUAUGUGGAUGAUUUACUAAUAUAA